AUGUCAAAUAACUCUAGUGUUGAGACCAAUGCAUCGCAAUGGUUCAGUUAUCGUACACCUGGCCCCAACAUGUUCACAUAUUACUAUAGAGCAACUGUAACACUGGAUACUAUCUUUAUAGUUGCUGGUACACUGAUCAACGUUUGGUUUCUAGCAGCCAUUUUGCUUUCUCGGGAACUUCGCUCCCGGAUGCGCAACAAAUUCAUCUGUGGUUUGCUGGUGGUAAACUUAGCAGAGACUUUUAUACAUUUACCGAUGUCUGUAAUUCGAGGAGUUGUUGGUGCCCUUUAUGCCUACCACCUCUUGAACUGUCAUUUCAUCUCAGCUGCAAACAACAUCUACCAUAUCAUAGAUUUUGUUGGCAACUGGUACAUUUUAAUUCUCGUAUGCGUUUAUAUGGCUCAAAUCUUGACAUUUGAACCUCAGUUGACCCCAGUUUGGAAGAAUAUUGUCACCGCAGUUAUCUUCACAGCUCCGUGUGUAUUCGCUGUUUUGUUAGUGCCACUAACAAUGAAAACCUUUUCGCCAAUACCCAGCAGCCGCUGUUUGAUAAACAGUCCUAAAGCCACUGAGGUCUACAGAUCUUUGGACACAAUUGUCCCCCAGGUCCUGGCAAGUUUACUUCUGAUCGCCACAGCGGUUGUGAGGCAAAGACGAUAUCCCUACGCGCGUUUUUUUGCAUCGAGGACCCAGCUCACAGUCGACAGAUCCCAAACUGAUCCUUGGAGCCCCUUUGUUGCCCUCCUCGUCACUGCCGUAGCUUCUGAUUUCGGCUUGGUGGUUGUUUAUAUGAAUGCAACGAUUAUGAACAGGCUCGACUCAAAGACAUGGCUCAUUGUUUAUUUUACGAUCAAAGCUUUGAGCUACCUGCGAGUAAUCCUGUUGCCCCUGAUGCUCCUGCUGUUUCCAGACAUCAGAGAAAGAACCAAAGCCUGGAGACCUUGCCGUCGGUCUGCUUCUUCCCCUGCCGAUUUGGUUGUCACCUAUGAGAGGAAUACUUCUUAA